AUGCCCGCGCUUCUCGGUCCCAUAAUGCCAGACAUGAGAGCAAGUAAUGUUGGGGUUUCGGACGUGCUGAGUGGAGACACCGAAGUUCAAAGCGCGGAAGCAGAAAGCAGUACUCAUUACCAUCGUCGACAAUCACGCGAUCGUGGUCGCAGGGGAAAUAGUAGGGAGAAGAAAGAUCGUGAUCGAGGAAGAAGACAUCGUUCCAGGUCUCACGAGCAAAAUGACAGGAGUGAUAGUAGAAGUACUCAUGGAAGUAAUAGGUCUUCGAAAUGGGAUACGGAUAGAGAGAGAUCAAGACACAGUACAAUGCCUAUGGUGCCUAUAACAAAUAUGAUGAUGCCAGGAAACAUGAUGUCAUACAAUAACAUAAUGCACGGUAAUAUGAUAGGACAGCCUCAUAUGGAUGUCCAGAUGCACCAUAUGAUGUCUGGCAUAAAUAUGAUGCCAAACAUGAUGGAUCCAAAUGUAAUGAUGAUGAAUCAGCAAAUGGUGCCUGUCAUGCCCACCCAACCGAUAUUUUUCAGUUUUGGCUCAUUAUUGCCUCCCCUUCCUGGCAGUACGACCCCAGUAAGGCGCGAGCGUCCCAAGGGUUGUCGAACUGUUGUCGUCGGUGGACUACCGAGCGCUGUGACAGCUGAAAUGGUGAUGGAGAUCUUCCAGCGGUUCGGUGAGGUCACUGAAGUAAAAUCGCCCAAUCACUUGCAAGGCUUUAGCAUACGCCACGUACGAUUCGCGACACAGGUUCAGAUAGAGCAGGCGUUUUUUCUGUCCGGCCACCGUUUUAAAUUCCACGAUCAGCUGGACAGCGAAGCGACGAUUAUGUAUAUUGAUUACGCAGUAAACAGGGAAGAUGAAAAUGAAUAUGAGAGAAAUCAGCGUAAACGUGGUAAGACACCGCCCCGCGUGGAACCGUUUACAUCGAAUGGUUUAGCUGCAAUCACAGAUAAAAUCAAAAAUGAAGAGGAAUUUGCUAAAACUGCCCCAACACUGGCGGUAUGGCUGGAGCGAGGCGAGUGCAAUAAAAAGAAUGCCAACAUCUUCUACUCAUUGAUACAGGCUAGCAAUAACCAACUUCGAAGGCUUUUCAAUGAAAAGAUGCAACUGGAUGAAGAGUUUCAAAACUUAAAAGCCACUGUGAAGGAGAGAUUUGCACAUGUUGUUAUGCAGUUCGAGCAGGUAGCGAAAAUUCUCUCGGCGGCGAAACACCAGCGCGUCUCCGACCAUUUCACAAAGCAGCAGCGUCGCAACAUCGAUAUGUGGCUGAAAAUGACCGAGGAGGUUGAAAACAUCAAGGAAGAGUAUAAUAGCAUCUUCGAGGAUGAUGAUAUUGAAAAGCCGGGAUCAAGUAAAAACAUCGUUUCUCAGGAAAAGUAUGAAGAACUUAAGACUGAAAAUGAAAAUCUAACGUACGAAUUAGAGGGCUACAAAAAUGAAGUGUUUUUAGCUAAGAACGAAGCAGAGAGGAAGUUUGAAAAAUUCAAGGCGCAUUUCAUAGCCCAACAGGCGUUGCAAAACAAACAGGCGUAUCCACCGCUUCCCUCUACGGGCUUCCUAACUGAAACAUCUGUUAUGGCGGCGACAAAACCAAAACCUUUACUGCCACCACCGACACCAGAUGAUGAGAAACUAGCCAUAUCUGGUCCCACCGUACCGCCAACAGAGGCUAAACUAAUUAGCAUCCUAACAGCAUUCCUCUUGGUUCAUCCGCUCGGGGCUUCUUUGGACUACCUCGUGUCGUACGUAAGGUCUCUGACCCCGAAUGUAACUCAGGCGAUGGUGCACCAAAUCUUGCAAAAAUAUACAGACGUGUUCUGUUGUAAGACUUCAGGAGUAGGAGCCACCAUUGAACAUCGGUGGAACUAUGUUACCUUUGAUCUUAUUAAAGCUAAUAAC